AUGGGCCUGAAAGUCACAUGGGACCCACCCAAAGAUGCUACCAGUAGACCCGUGGAGCAUUACAACAUUGCCUAUGGGAAGUCACUGAAAAGUCUUAAGUACAUCAAGGUGAAUGCGGAGACAUACUCCUUCCUUAUUGAGGAUGUGGAGCCGGGGGUAGUGUACUUUGUGCUGGUUACUGCAGAAAAUCACAGUGGAGUGAGCCGUCCAGUUUACAGAGCUGAGAGCCUGCCUGGAGGUGAAUGGAUCAAGAUUGAUGGUUUUCCCAUCAAGGGUCCAGGACCAUUUAAUGAAACCGUCACAGAAAAGGAAGUGCCCAACAAGCCCUUGCGUGUGCGCGUCCGGUCCUCAGACGACAGGCUGUCCAUUGCGUGGAAGGCACCGCGCCUGUCCGGAGCCAAGAGUCCACGCAGGUUGCGGGGUUUCCUCCUGGGCUACGGGGAGAGUGGCCGGAAGAUGAACUAUGUUCCACUGACCAGAGAUGAGCGGACGCACGAAAUUAAAAAGCUAGCAUCGGAGUCAGUGUACGUGGUCUCCCUGCAGUCUAUGAACUCCCAGGGGCAGAGUCAGCCAGUCUACAGGGCUGCCCUAACGAAACGGAAGAUUUCAGAAGAGGAUGAACUGGACGUCCCUAAUGACAUCAAUGUCCGGGUUAUGUCAUCCCAGUCUGUGCUUGUGGCCUGGGUGGAUCCUGUUGUGGAAAAACAGAAGAAAGUUGUUGCAUCAAGACAGUACACUGUGCGCUAUCGAGAAAAGGGGGAAUCCGCCAGGUGGGAUUACAAGCAGAUCACUAACAGGCGUGUGUUGAUCGAGAACCUGAUUCCAGAUACCGUGUAUGAAUUUGCAGUCCGUAUUUCACAGGGUGAAAGAGAUGGCAAAUGGAGUACGUCAGUCUUCCAAAGAACACCAGAAUCUGCUCCUACCACAGCUCCUGAAAACUUAAAUGUUUGGCCAGUCAAUGGCAAACCUACAGUUGUCACUGUAUCUUGGGAUGCACUACCUGAGACUGAGGGAAGAGUGAAAGAAUACAUUCUUUCAUAUGCCCCGGCUCUCAAACCAUUUGGAGCAAAGUCCCUCACCUAUCCUGGAGACACUACUUCUGCCCUGGUGGAUGGUCUGCAGCCUGGGGAACGCUAUCUUUUCAAAAUCCGGGCCGCAAACAGGAGAGGCCUGGGGCCUCACUCCAAAGCCUUCAUUGUCGCUAUGCCAACAACCAGCAGCAGUGAGUCGAAUGCUCAGCAGAACACCGAGGAUAAUUGGAAGCCUGAAAACCCCGGGCCUUCCUCACCUUCUCCCAGAGUUCCAGCUUCCUCAAAACACACUCAUAUGCCUGUUUCUCCUCGUGGGAGAAAUGUCAAGGAUCCUCUUCUUGACUUGAAAAACAAAAUAUUGGCUAAUGGUGGGGUGUCCAGAAAACCCCAGCUUCACCCAGAGAAGACUGAAGAGUUGGAUCUUCAGUCAAUGGAAGUUACGGACCAGGAGGAGCUGCGUUCUCUGGGGGACCCACCAACGUCGCCUGCAGAGACCCUGGACCAGAGGCAAACCCUGAGGCCACCAAGUAGAUCUGGCCCCUUGGCCACUGCUCCUGGCAGGACUCCAUGGUGGGCCCGAAGCCCCGUGCUGCCCCGCAAAGAAGGUGUGGAUCAGCGCGGCUCCUCAAGAGCCACUUACCCUCGUGCAGGGGUGGCCCUCGCAGGGACGGCCUCUCCUGCGCACCGCGUGGCCACCCAGGGCACCUCUCACCGCCCUUCAGAGGGGUCCCGUGCCAACCUGGCUGCCAGCUCUGCUGACAAUGACUUGGUGGACCGAGAUGAGGAUGAGCGAGCUGCAGGCUCCCUCCACCCCAAGGACGCCUCCUCUGAGCAGCUGUCCCCCAAGACCCCUGCCCAGCCCCAGCCAGCCUUGUCCCCCAGCCACCAGCCGGCCUACAGCGUCCUGCAGCACAGAAGCUCCGUGCUCCAUGGCACAAACCCAGCCUCGCCUGCGUGGAGGGCACCCCAUCCUGGGGCCGUGGAGGAAGAUUCAGGCGCUCCAGCCUCCACCUCCAGACUUUCUUCACUCCAUAGGGGGUCAUCUCAGCUGCUGCCCACCCACCCACACACAGGUCCUUUGCUCUCCGGGGACUGGAAGGAUGGUCACGACGCCCCAGCCGCCAGUGCACCAUCACGGUCUACCAUGUCUUCUUUAGUCUCCUCUCAUCUCUCCUCGAGGACACAGGUCUCUGAGGGAGCAGACCCUUCUGACGGAGGGGAUGACAGUGACAGGGAUACAGAAGACAGCAGCCGGCAGGCGGAGGCCCCCGCCCCGACUCUGCGGCUGGGGCCUGCCCCUGGACACUCGGGCCUGCUCAGAAGCAAGCCCUUUGCUGCCAGUGGCCGGUCUCCAAGCAGGGUGGGCGGCGUUCGGGGCCUGCGGCUGCAGCCCUCGGGCUCCCCGCAGUCCACCGCAUCCUCCCGAGUGCACCCCCGGCUUCGUUCUCCCCCUGCCUCCCACCCCAGGCGUGGCUCCGGUAUCCAUGGAGACGGGGAGGAUGAGAAGCCACUUCCUGCCACCGUGGUAAAUGACCACGGGCCUUCCUCCUCCAGGCAGCCAGGCUCUCGGAGCUGGGACCCCCUAAGAAGGGCCCCCCAGAGAGGGGCCAGCCUGCUCCGGAAGGAGCCCGUCCCAGAGAGCCCCAAAUCCACCGGGACAGACGCGCAUCCUCGGGGCAAAUCCUCACCCCUGUCCUCUAAGGCCCAGGACGUUCAGCAGAGCACAGACGACGUGGAGGGUCGUUCCCCCCAAACACAGCCAGUGUCCACGAGCCGCCAGCUGUCCCCUGCCGCAGGUCCCGCAGCAGUGUCCCAGUCCCACCCAGGGGCCAGUGUGCCCAGAAGGAUGACACCCGGCCGGGCCCCAGCAAAGCAGGCCCCUCCGCCUGCCACCGCGUCCCAGCGCCAGCCCCCCCCUGAAGAAGGUAACCUGCUCAAUUAUUAUACGAGAAGGACGCAGCCCGCGCCCCGGCGGCCCCCGCCGGCCAAAGCCCGGCCCUGGGCCUCGGCCGAGCAGGAGGUGGAGGAGCACGCGGGCUUUUCAAAAGCAGGAAAGGAAGACCCUCUGUCGUCCUCCGUCCCCGGGGGCGGCAAAGACGCUGAUGGGGGCCUCUCCAAGGACAGGAAGGGGCCUGUCGCCGGGCCCGCUCCUGGCGAAGAGAGCGCCGCGCCCGGGGAGCCGCCUGUCCCCCGACCUCCGGGCAGCGCCCCAAGAGCCUCACGCCUCCCUCCCCGACACCCCACUCGCAGCCCUGCCACCCCAAGUCCCAGCGUCGCUCCCCCGUCCUGGCCGCAGGACACGUCCCGCGCCCCUCCCAGCUACGCCUCCACCACCCCUAUGCUGUCCCUGCGCCAGCGGAUGAUGCAGUCGAGAUUCCGGAAUCCGCUCUCGCGCCAGCCGGUGAGACCCGCUUACAGACAAGGUUACAGUGGCAGAUCAAAUGUAGAAGGGAAAGUACCUCCUGGUAGUAAUGGCAAACCGAAUGGACAAAGAAUUAUCAGUGGCCCUCAAGGAACAAAGUGGGUCGUGGAUCUUGACCGUGGGUUAGUACUGAAUGCGGAAGGAAGACACCUCCAAGAUUCACAUGGAAAUCCUCUCCGGGUUAAACUAGGAGGUGACGGUCGAACCGUUGUGGAUCUGGGAGGGACCCCCGUGGUGAGUCCAGACGGCCUCCCCCUCUUUGGGCAGGGGCGACAUGGUAAACCCCUGGCCAGUGCCCAGGAUAAACCCAUUUUGAGUCUUGGAGGGAAGCCCCUGGUGGGCUUGGAGGUCAUCAAAACAACCACCCAGUCCCCCACGACAACCGCAAAGCCUACCACUGCUUUGACCCCUCUGCCUACCACCACAACCCCACGGCCCACAACGGCCACCACCCGACGCAUGACCACGACCCGCCGCAUGACCACCACCCGCCGCACGACCACCACCAUGCGCCCAACGACCACAAUCCAAACCACUACACAGACAACCACCACCACCACUGAACCUACCACCCCCGUCCCCACCUGUCCCCCUGGGACCCAGGAACGGCAUGACGAUGGCGGCAACCUGAUAAUGGGCUCAAAUGGAACCCCCGAGUGCUCCCCUGAAGAAGAUGAGUUCUCUGGCUUGGAGACUGACACGGCAGCACCCACAGAAGAGGCCUACGUUGUAUACGAUGAAGAUUAUGAAUUGGAGACCUCAAGGCCACUGGCCACUACCAAGCCCUCGACCACUGCUGCCACACCCAAGGUCAUCCCAGAAGAAGGCUCCAUCAGCUCCUUUCCUGAAGAAGAAUUCGAUCUGGCUGGAAAGAAACGAUUUGUUGCUCCUUAUGUGACAUAUCUAAGUAAAGACCCAUCGGCCCCAUGCUCUCUGACUGAUGCUCUGGAUCACUUCCAAGUGGACAGCCUGGAUGAAAUCAUUCCAAAUGACCUGAGGAAGAGUGACCUCCCUCCUCAGCAUGCCCCCCGCAACAUCACCGUGGUCGCAGUGGAAGGCUGCCACUCGUUUGUUAUUGUUGACUGGGACAACGCCACCCCUGGAGAUGUGGUAUCAGGUUACUUGGUUUACAGCGCAUCCUAUGAAGACUUCAUCAGGAACAAGUGGUCCGCUCAGGCUUCAGCAGUAACUCAUUUGCCCAUUGAGAACCUGAAGCCAAACACAAGGUAUUAUUUUAAAGUUCAGGCCAAAAACCCUCAUGGCUAUGGACCUAUCAGCCCUUCCGUCUCAUUUGUUACAGAAUCAGACAAUCCUCUGCUUGUUGUGAGGCCACCAGGUGGUGAACCCAUCUGGAUCCCGUUUACUUUCAAACGUGACCCCGGCUACACGGACUGCCAUGGCCGGCAAUAUGUGAAGCGGACAUGGUAUAAAAAGUUUGUGGGAGUCGUUCUUUGUAAUUCAUUGAGGUAUAAGAUCUACCUCAGUGACAACUUGAAAGAUACGUUCUACAGCAUUGGAGACAGCUGGGGAAGAGGUGAAGACCAUUGCCAAUUUGUGGAUUCACACCUUGAUGGAAAAACAGGGCCUCAGUCCUAUGUAGAAGCCCUCCCUACCAUUCAAGGCUACUAUCGCCAGUACCGCCAGGAGCCCGUCAGCUUUGGCCACAUUGGCUUUGGAACCCCCUACUACUACGUGGGCUGGUAUGAGUGUGGGGUCUCCAUUCCAGGAAAGUGGUAACCACAGGACGCUACUGCUGCGAGUGCACCCUGGUGGCCCCGUUGACUCACCUGCAAUGGGGGCUGUGAGCAGAAGGAUGGAGGCCUGAGCCCCAGUGCCCUGGAUGUCAGGAAGGUCAUGGGAUGAACACUGGACAUCUUGGUCAUCUGCAAUCUGGAACUCAGCCCCACUUCAUGGCCUGGACUAGGAGCAGGAUUCAGUCUUGCUGUUCACUUCUCCACACUUUCUGUUUGUAAUACCGUGUCCCAGAGACAUCAGGAAGCACAGCUGACUCAGUGUGAUUUCCAGAUUUUUUAGGCACAAAAUUCGGACACUUCAGUAUCUCCAGGGUACAGUGUAGGCAUGCUGUGCUUGCUUCAUGAAACGCUACAUGCUUUCGAUUUUUCUCAUUCUCGACUCGUCCAAAACUAGUUGAUUUAAGCUUCAGAUCUCUUUGUAUGCAAUAGAACUGAAUUACUAAAAACACCGCCACAGGAAAUAUAUCCUACUUGAGAUUUAUUCUAUGGACUUACUCACUACUAGACUAAAUGUAUCAAAUCUUAUUUGUAAAUUCCCAAUUUUGAUAUAUAUAUAUAUAUAUAUGUAUGUAUAUAUGCAUAUACAUAUCAACACUUGUCUGAAAGAAUAUUGAUUAAAAUUGCUAAAUUUGUACUUGUUCACUAGA